AUGGCGGAAAAGUUGUGAAGUGCUUGUAUAUCACGCAUCAAUACAGUCACGGCAUGGCUUACGGCUUUAAACUUCUCGUUUUGUUUUGUUUCAUCUCAUUUCUAUAUGGUGUUGGAAUUUUCUUUUUCACUCGUGGGUUUCUUUUAAAUCGACUGAUUAUCAAUGAGUUGAGUGGCUGUUCUGAAGCUCCACAUGUCACUCUCUUGUCGGAUCAUAAACUGUCACAUACAGAGGAAACUGAAGGCUGCUGGAUGAAGAGGACGCACACAAAAGCCGUGGUCCUCAUAAUUGAUGCUCUACGCUAUGAUUUUGCGCUGUACAACACAAGCCUGGACGAUGCGUUGCCUUACCAGAAUAAAUUAAAAGUCAUCCAUGAAGUGUUACUGAGCUCUCCUCGACAUGGAGCUCUAUUCAAAUUUGUAGCUGACCCACCAACUACCACUAUGCAGCGAUUGAAAGCACUCACUACCGGAAGUUUACCCACUUUUGUGGAUGCAGGAAGUAAUUUUGCCAGCUCAAAUAUCACAGAAGAAAAUAUCAUCUCACAGCUGACUUCUUUGAAGAAGAAAAUAACUUUCAUGGGGGAUGACACUUGGGGAAGUCUAUUCCCUGACUCAUUCCACAAGUCCUUUCCAUUCCCAUCAUUUAAUGUCAUGGAUCUUCAUACAGUGGACAAUGGUGUAAUUGAGCACUUGGUUCCAGAAUUGAAGGCAAAUGACUGGGAUGUUCUUAUUGGUCACUUUCUUGGAGUUGAUCACUGUGGGCACAGAUUUGGUCCGAAUCAUCCUGAAAUGGCCUCUAAACUCACACAGAUGGAUUCUGUGCUACGGUCUGUAAUGGAGAUUCUUGAUGAUGAUACAAUAUUGUUUGUGAUGGGUGAUCAUGGCAUGACCCGUACUGGUGACCAUGGUGGUGACAGUGAUGAUGAGGUGGAUGCGGCACUUUUCAUUUAUUCGACGAAACCCAUAGCUGCAUGUAAAAUGAAAAAGGAGAAAGUUGUAACUGUCUCCCAGAUAGACUUGGUCCCAACUCUUUCUCUGCUGUUGGGUUUACCCAUUCCAUUUGGAAACCUGGGUACCAUCAUACCUGAGUUGUUCUGCCACAGAAGCACUUUGGAUAUUCUGUCUAAUCAAACAAGUAGUGAAGAUGACCUAAAUGCACAGCAAGUACUGGAAUUGCUUCAAAGAAACAAAGCUUUUGAACUGAAUGCCAAGCAAGUACACAAAUAUCUCACAAAGUAUGCUUCGAUUUCGGGAGAUAUUCCUAAGGAAAGACUAGAAGAGCUUGGAAAGAUUUUGCACAAUGCAACUACGCUGGUCUCUGAAGUGAAAGAUUUGGUUGACAACCUAGGGGGGCAUGAGGAAAUGAUCAGGAAAGCUUCUGGAGAAGAAUUGAAGAAUCUCAAUGAAAAAUUAUCGUCUGCUGAAGAAUUUCACAGUGACUAUUUGUCUGGUGCAAAAGUCCUGUGUCGGUCGAUGUGGGCAAAGUUUGAUUUGAAUUCUAUAUUUACGGGUAUUUCCGUGAUAUCUGUGGGUGUGGCUUUAGUUGUUCUAGCCCUUCUUAAUUUCAGUGAAAACCGGUUGUCUCUUUUGUUUUUAGUCCCGUUGAUUGGGUUCGUUAUCGCAUCUGCAGCAACAUCCUGCGACUUCAAUGCCAUUAUCAUAAUACCGUUAUAUGUAGCAUGUGCACUUCUGUUGGCACUUUUUGUUUUUCUUCAGAAGAAGUUUAUGAAAUAUACCCAAAUAACUGUAAGCAGGUUUUACAAAAAACUGUCAGUAGUCAACAUUUUUGCUGCAGUGUUAUGUUUACUUCAGUGCUGGGCUUCAUUUUCAAACAGUUUUGUGGUGAACGAGGACAGGCUGACUGCAUUUUUUAUUCAAUCAUUGAUUGGAGUAAAUUGUGUCCAAGCUAUGUGGAAAAUUUGCCCUGGCAAUAGCAGGAAUAUCGUAAUAAGACAUCAUUUUAGAAGAUUUGCCAAAAAGGACGACAUGAAGAAUAUUUCAGGAUUCAUCCUCCGAUUGUUAAUAGCGUGGAUAGCAUUUGAUAUUGUCAGCAGAACUGCCAUAAUAUUACGAGCUUGUCGAGAAGAGCAGUGGUCUUGCGUACAAACCGAUCUCCUUAAACCUCAGUCGAACUCCGCCGACAAGACCACCUUGGAAAGCAAUCGAUUUAUUUUGACCGUUUUAUGCACUGGCACUAUUCCUUUUUCAAUUCAUCAGUGGCUUCGUUAUCAUGGAAAUUUAAAUGGCACAACGUUUAUUGUUCUUUGUGUGAGGUAUACUCUUCCCUUGGCCUUCUUCUUUAUGUGCAUUCAUUGGAUGCUGCAGAUCGUUCCACAAGAGAUGGCCGCCGUUUUUCCAGAAAUGCAGCUGUGGCAACAGAUAAUCUUUCCACAGAUCGUCUAUUCUCUGUGCAUGGCGACAAUCGCAUGUGUUUUGUACUCACCCUUAUAUAUCUAUACUGUCUUUAAAAACGGAAGAAAUUCUCUCAACGAGGGAGUGAAAUCCUUGCAAGAAACAGGUGAUAAUUCCAGAAUUAUCCAUGCUCUGGUUCGUGAAGUAAAGCAGAAUUGGGAGAGAUUGGACGUAAAGAAAGUCAAAGUGUGCGAGGACGAUACAAACACACCCAUGGUGUAUGGUCUUGGAACAGUUUUUUCGUCGGCGAUACUGGUUCUAAUUGUUGCUGUUGGGUUGCCUUUAAUGAUGUUGUUGGGCAACGGAAUGGCUUUGUCCAUUUCUCUGAUCCUUUUCCAGAUGUAUUUGCAGUUGGAGAUUCACGGAUUGAGCCACGAUGCAGAACUUGCUAACGGUGGAGAUAGAAACUCCGACACCUCAUUCAGCAUGGUAGUCGUGUGGUAUUUCAUGUCCUCAUAUUACUUCUACUGCACUGGUCACCAGGCCACCAUCCCGUCCAUCCGCUUUGAAGCUGCUUUUGUCGGCUUUCCUGGAGACAUGGAAAAUCUUGUGAUACCAGGUCUCCUUAUACUUCUGAAUACUUUCUCCAGUGCAGUCCUUUUCUCCUUGGGUCUGCCGCUCCUCUUAUUUUGGCCUCAAAUACAAAACAGGCUCCUGGCAACUCGUAACAAAAAUCGCCCUCAGUCAAGCAAAGGAGAGUUUGAUUGGAUUGAAAGUCCUGAACUGUUGAGAACUCGGAUGUUUCGGCUCUUAGUCACCUACCAGACUCUCCAUGGCCUCAAGCUCCUGGCCACUUGUUGUUCUGCAGCUGUCCAUCGCCGCCAUCUUAUGGUGUGGAAGAUUUUUGCGCCUCGAUUUGUGUUUGAAGGUGUCUCGUUCCUUUUACUCACCAUGGUUUUGUGCCUCAGUUAUCUUGUGGUUCUCAGGAUUGAUCAGUCUUUGCGAAGCUGGUUCAAGAAUCUGGAGGAGUCACAUGACUGGAAAGCGAAGAACACAUAACUUCCUGUUCUCAAAAAUCAUUAGAACGAAGUAUUUUUUGACCUGACUUUCCCACCGGAAACCUGAGGAUCAGUAAAUAAUGAAUGAAGUUAACGAAUGUUUAAUUUAAAAAAUUUGAGAACAUUUUUCGCCAGAAAUAAAUUUUGGUUGCUAGAAAAAGAAAGUACUCAGUUUUUGUGCAAUAUUGCAAUUGACUUGGGACAAAUGUUUUUAUCACGUGAAGUCUCGACCAUGAACACUAAGAAUGAAAAGGAUACAGCUUGCAACAUAACCUUACAUAGGUCACUCGAUUUUUUUUUUUUUUCCACUUGUUAUGGCGAACAAAAUUGUAGCAGCCUGGAACACUUGCGUGUUGUUUUAGUCGUAUUAUAGAACUUUCCUCAACAUCUUGACUAUGAAUCAAGUCAGAUUGUUAUCGAAAACUCUCUCUCCAUAAUCAGCGCUAUAAUUAUCCUAGCUAAUAUAUUAUACAAUACAUUUUUAAUUUCAAUUGCAGUUGAUAAAUUAGACUACGAGCAGCAGUUCCUUUUCGGCGAAAUCUGUCGCGCGAGUAACAAAAAGUCAGCCGAAACAUAAAAUUAAUGUUAGCGAGCCGCGCAGGACUCGUGGAGGUGAGGCGCACGAACGGUAGGUGACUGGCGAUAGAUUUCUUCGGAAAUGCUUGUUGUUAAGUGACAAGUCUUUAACUGCAAUUUCUAGUGGGUAUCGACGAGGCACCAGUGAGAGUUCUUAUUUUCGUCUUUUUAGUUUUCGUUUGUUAUACCGCUUGUAGGUAUCGAACAGGUGUACUUUUAAUGUAGGUUUGGACAUCCGGUAUCCUUCAGCGGCUCUGAUCCUCCAUGCCACCUGGGUUCAAGCAUACGGUGAACAGUCUCGGGCACAAUGCAUCCCCCUGUGGUAACCCUCUGUUGAACUUAAUCCUUUGGGAGGUCUGUCUCCCUUCCCUUGUGAUCGCCACUACCUUUGUGUUUUAACUCUUACACAGUUAAGCAAUGACUUUACACAUUAUUAUUAUUAUUAUUAUUAUUAUUAUUAUUAUUAUUAUUAUUAUUAUUAUUAUUAUUAUUAUUAUUAUUAUUUGUGCCUAGAUUGCCAGUGGAACCAAUAGAACCCGGCAUAAUCCCAAACGUUUAAAGACUUAUGCUAGAGUUACCUGCGAAUUUCAUUCACAGUUUUUUGAAGAACCAUGUUCAUGUUAUUCCUUGAUUGUAUGUUUUUCUUGACCUACAGCCAAAUGUCUUGAAUGUAAAGAUGCAAAUGAAAGUGGAGAUUUACUCUAACGAAGGAACCUUGAUAAGUUGUAUUGCUGAGGAAACCAAACUCUAUGCAAAGCAAUAAACUAUACUGAUAUACUUGUA